AUGCCGGUCCCAAAAAAAGCGCUCGCAGCCCGCGGGACGGGCGGCCCGCGGCCCCCGCCACCCCCAAGAUGCCGGCACGAGAACCCGAGCCCGCAAGCGGCCCCGCCCGCGUUCGGCUUCCUCUUCGACAUCGACGGGGUGCUGGUGCGGGGCAGCCAGGUGAUCCCCGCCGCCCGCGACGCCUUCCGCGCCCUCUCGGACGGCGACGGGCAGCUCCGCGUCCCCGUCGUCUUCCUCACCAACGCCGGCAACUGCCUGCGGAAGGCCAAGGCCGAGGAGCUGUCCCACGCCCUGGGGCUGCAGGUGUCUCCGGAGCAGGUGAUCCUGUCUCACAGCCCCCUGCGGCUCUUCAGCGAGUUCCACCAGAAGUGCGUGCUGGUGGCGGGGCAGGGGCCCGUGGAGGAGAACGCCCAGAACUUGGGCUUCAAGCACGUGGUCACCAUAGAGGCACUGAGGAAAGCUUUUCCCCUACUGGAUAUGGUGGAUCAAAGCCGGAGGCCAAAGGAGCUGCCUCCUCCAACCACUGACUUCCCCACUAUAGAAGGGGUGAUUCUGUUUGGAGAGCCGGUCAGGUGGGAGACAAGUCUGCAACUUAUUAUUGAUGUACUCUUGAGCAACGGGAACCCUGGGGCAGAGCUGGAAGACAUACCGUACCCUCAUCUGCCCGUUCUUGCCUGCAACAUGGAUCUUCUGUGGAUGGCUGAAGCCAAGAUGCCCAGGUUUGGCCAUGGCACUUUCCUUCUCUGCUUGGAGAACAUCUAUAAGAAGGUGACAGGACGUGAGCUCAAGUACGAGGCCUUGAUUGGCAAACCCAGCACAGUCACCUACCGCUAUGCCGAAUACCUGAUAAAGCAGCAGGCUGAGAAGCAAGGCUGGAAGUCUCCCAUCCGACGCCUCUAUGCAAUUGGGGAUAAUCCCAUGUCCGAUAUCUAUGGGGCAAACCUCUACAACAGCUACCUCAAGUCAGCUCAGCAGAACCAGGUCCAGGCUGGGGUGAAGAGGAGCCCACUGGCAGCUAGUGUCCAGACUGAGGACCAGCCCGAGCAAAGGCAGGACUGCAACAUUUCCAUGGAGAGCUGCGAGUCUAUUCUGGUCUGCACCGGGGUUUACCGCCACAACGCCGAGGCUCCCAGUAACCCGGAGGAGUGCGUGACGGAGACUGUGUUCCACGGGCAUCGGGACUUCUGCUUUGACCCCAGCCUGGUGGAGGCAUCUUACGUAGUGCAGGACGUGAACGACGCAGUGCAGCUCGCUUUCAAGAAGGAAAACUGGAGCUAG